AUGUUGAGCAAAGCAUCAAACUCCUUUUGGGAACCAGUGGAAGCAACAACACUGAAAACAGAGUCUCUAAGGUUAGGGUCCAAAGCAGACUUGUCGCCGGCAAUGUACUUUGCGAAAAUGGACUUGGACGCCUCGACGGUCUUUUCGUCCUUGUUGGAGGAAGCAGCCUUGAACAGAAGAGUCUUGAGGCUUUGGUCAAGGAACGAGUCUGACGAGUUAAAGACCCAGCCCUUUUGGUGGCUCUUUUCGCUGAUCAGGUCUCUGACAAGCGACUCCAGAGCAGCCUUGACGCUCUCGUCCUCAAAGAUCCAUGCAGCCUUCAAGCUCUCGAGUCUGCUGACCAAUUGCGAAAGAACAAAAAAGAGCUCCGGCAUCAGAGAGAAGUCCAACCUUGUCUUCAACAGAAAGCUUGUCGGAGGCAGCACCCAAAGCAGUCCAUCUUUCAGGCUCGUAGUUGACUCUGAAAACACCGGUGGAGUUGCCGUUGACCUUGAAGAAAUCGGAGCUCUUCACGUCCAAAGUGGCCUCUUUCUUGUCCAGAACAAUGUUGUCAAUUCCAGAGUCGGUCUUGAGGUUCAAAAAGAUAGGGAACACGGUCUUGUCGUCCUCUGGCUUGACAUCACCGGUGGUGAGGAAUCUCUGCUGCGAAACAGAAACCUUACCGUCCUUCUCAGAAACCUGCACCAAUGGGUAUCCGACCGACUUGGUCCAAACCUGCAUGGCGCUAUUCACGUCCUUACCGGAAACCUGGGCCAACGAGUCCCACAGAGCCUCGGUGACGGCGUUUCCGUACUUGUGCUUGUUCAGGUAGUCGCAGCACUUGAAACUCAUGUAGGUUGCAAAACUCUCGUUCAGCCACAACGAGUCCCAAAAGUCCAUGGUACAGAUGUUACCAAACCACUGGUGGGCCAGUUCGUGGGCCACAACCUCGGAAACACGCAGCUUGGCGGCGUUACUGGACUUCUCGCCAAUCAUCAGGUCCACCAUUCUGUAGGUGACCAGACCCCAAUUCUCCAUGGCUCCGGCAGCAAAGUCGUGGAUACCAACCAUGUCCAUCUUUGGGAGCGGGUAUGGGAUAUCGAAUACCUUUUCGUAGUACUCGAGGGCCUUGGCGGCCAGCUCGGCCGAGUACUUAGCGUCAGCCUCGUAACCUGGCGUGGUGUAGACUCUAAUUGGAACGUCUCUGAACUUGUACUCUGA